AUGUACGAAGGGAUUGACAACUUGAAAUCCCUUUACGACCGUGCCGGGAAGACUUUCUCCGGCGGUCCUUCUGCAGUACAGGAUGUGCCGCGUCGUACGGCUCGACCGGACCCAGUACGUCAAUCACCAAUUGGGAGCGGGGCUCCCAAGUAUCCCAAGACGGGUGAUAACCGCGCCACCGGACGAGGUAACUCGUCCAACGUCCGUUCACAUCGCGGUGGUUCAACAGCCGCUCAAUCAGAUAGCGCUGGCCACCGCGAGAGUCCUCUAAUGGAGGUGGAGGAGGCCAAAGGAAGACGCUCUCCAAGCUAUCGUGGGGGAGCGUGUGUUCCCGAGAGCUUCUUUGAUCGCGUAACUCUUGCGUUACGCGGCGAUCUCGAGCAUGAGCGGGACAGGCGUCUCCACCUGGCGGACACUGUCUCGAAGCAUCGAGCUGAGUUUGCCUUUGCUCAGCUUGAGAACAAGAGAGCUCUGACAUCUCUGCGUGACGAGCUAAGGGUAGCUCGUGUGGAUAUUGACCGGUCUCGGGCUGAGAUAACUGCUCUUCAGACCCUUGUCGAUGGCCACCAUCGGGAGCACAAUGCUCUUUGUGAGAUGCUUGAGAGCAAGGGCGUUCUUCAUCGGAAGAAGCAGCGUACUGAUGGUACGGCUUAA